GGCCGGGGCCGGGCGCGGGGCGGCCGGCGGGGCGCGAUGGGCGAGGGCGCGCUGGCCCCGGCCUUGCAGCUGCUGCUGCGCGCCUGCGACCAGGGCGACACGGACACGGCGCGGCGGCUGCUGGAGCCGGGCGCGGCGGAGCCCGCGGAGCGCGGCGCGGAGCCCGACGCGGCCGCGGAGCCCGCGGGGGCCGAAGCGGCGGCGGCGGCGGCCGGGGCGCCCGUGCCCGUGGACAGCUCGGACGAGGCGGGCAACACGGCCCUGCAGUUCGCCGCGGCCGGCGGCCACGAGCCGCUCGUGCGCUUCCUGCUGCGGCGCGGCGCCGCCGUCAACAGCCGCAACCACUACGGCUGGAGCGCGCUGAUGCAGGCGGCCAGGUUCGGCCACGCAAACGUGGCUCAUCUGCUUCUGGACCAUGGGGCUGACGUCAACGCCCAGAACAGGCUGGGGGCCAGCGUGCUCACCGUGGCGGCGCGCGGCGGCCACCUGGGUGUGGUGAAGUUGCUCCUGGAAGCGGGGGCGGCCGUGGACCCACGCCGCCCCUCCGGCGAGCCGCCAGGGGCCGGGGACGGUAGGGACGAACCGCUGGGCAUCACGGCCCUGAUGGCCGCCACCCAGCACGGCCACGAGGCCGCUGUGCGCCUGCUGACCGAGUGGGGCGCCGACCCCAACGGAGCAGCCCGCCCCCUGGGCUGGAGCCCGCUUAUGCUGGCCGCGCUCACCGGGAGGCUGGGCCUGGCCCAGCAGCUGGUGGAGAAGGGGGCCAACCCUGACCACCUCAGCAUGCUGGAGAAGACGGCCUUCGAGGUGGCGCUUGACCAGAAGCACCGGGACCUGGCCGACUACCUGGACCCCCUCACCACCGUCAGGCCCAAGACAGAUGAGGAGAAGCGGCGACCUGAUAUUUUCCAUGCAUUGAAAAUGGGGAACUUCCAGCUGGUCAAAGAGAUCGCCGAUGAAGACCCCAACCACGUGAACCUGGUCAACGGGGAUGGGGCCACCCCACUGAUGCUGGCAGCCGUCACAGGGCAGCUGCCACUGGUGCAGCUCCUGGUGGAGCGACGCGCCGAUGUGGACAAGCAGGACAGUGUGCACGGCUGGACGGCCCUCAUGCAGGCCACCUACCACGGGAAUAAGGAAAUCGUCAAGUACCUGCUGAACCAAGGGGCCGACGUGGCUCUGCGUGCGAAGAACGGGUAUACGGCCUUUGACCUGGUGAUGCUGCUGAGUGACCCUGAUACGGAGCUUGUCCGACUGCUGGCAUCUGUGUGCAUGCAGGUGAAUAAGGACAAAGGCCGGCCCAGCCGCCCGCUGCCCCCGCCCCACACCAAGGCCCAGCAGCCCUGGAGCGCCCCCACUCUACCGGACGACAGGGGCGGCCUGAAGUCCUGGUGGAGCCGGAUGUCCAACCGCUUCCGGAAGCUCAAGCUGAUGCAGACACUGCCCCGCGGGCUGUCCAGUAACCAGCCGCUGCCCUUCUGUGACGAGCCGGAGCCUGCGCUGGACUCCACCAUGCGGGCGCACCCGCAGGACAAGACGAGCCGUCCAGUGCUCCCCGACGUGGGCCCCCGGGCCAAAGACAAGGGUCCCGGGAACACGAGGGGAGAGAAGGAGGAUGUGUUACUGACCACCAUGCUUCGGAACGGAGCCCCCUUCACCCGACUCCCAAGCGACAAGCUGAAGGCCGUCAUCCCCCCUUUCUUGCCCCCCUCCAGCUUCGAGCUGUGGAGCUCCGAUGGGACCCGCACCGGCCACAGCAGGAAGGCGGACCCCACGAAGACGGUGCCUCCGCAGAGAGCCAGCAGGGGCCACCCCAUGGGGGGGCGGGGCACGGACACUACUCCCGUCAGGCCGGUUAAAUUCCCGUCUCUCUCCAGAAGCCCCGCCUCUCCCGCCAACUCGGGAAACUUCAACCCAUCACCUCACUCCUCCAGCGGCUCCAGUGGCGUGGGGGGCGUCGGCAGACACGGCGGGGAGCUGCAUAACCGCUCAGGUGGCAGCAUCGACAGUGUCCUGUCCCAGAUCGCAGCCCAGAGGAAGAAGGCCGCGGGGCUGUCGGAGCAGAAGCCCGGCCACCGGUCGAGUCCCGUGGGCCCAGCCCCGGGCUCUGGCUCCACCGAGCUCCCCAGCUCGCCUGCAGCAGGGGGCGGACCCGGAGGCAAGAAGCUGGAGCUGAACAAGCGGCCUCCGUCGGGGGCCUCCAGCGCCUCCAAGAGCACCUCCCCCACCCUCACCCCCUCCCCGUCACCCAAGGGCCACGCGGCCGAGUCCUCAGUGUCCUCCUCCUCGUCCCACCGGCAGUCCCGGAGCAGUGGGGGCUCAAGCAGUGGCACCAUCACCGACGAGGAUGAGCUGACUGGAAUCCUGAAGAAGUUAUCCCUUGAAAAGUACCAGCCCAUUUUCGAGGAGCAGGAGGUGGACAUGGAGGCCUUCCUCACCCUCACCGACGGUGACCUGAAGGAGCUGGGCAUCAAGACGGAUGGAUCCCGGCAGCAGAUCUUGGCGGCAAUCUCAGAACUGAACGCAGGCAAGGGGCGCGAGAGGCAGCUCUUGCAGGAAACCAUCCACAACUUCCACUCCUCCUUUGAGAGCAGCGUCAGCAACACCAGGGCCCCUGGGAACAAUCCCUGUAGCUGAUCCUGCGUCCCGGGGCCCACACAGUGGAGGCUGUGUGUCUGCCCGCUCCCCGGAACAGACCCGGCUUGUUCCACACCGCAGUGCCUUCGUCUCUCAUUGC